AUGCAAUACGGACCCUCGCCUGCUCCCCCUUUCCACGUUCGUUUCGGCAAGUUCUCAUUGCUCCGACCUUACGAAAAGAAGGUGGAGUUUAAGGUGAAUGGCGUUAAACAGAACUACUCGAUGAAGCUCGGAGAAGGCGGGGAGGCGUUCUUUGUCUUUGAGACGACAGAUGAGAUCCCCGCCUCAUUGCAGACGUCACCCCUGGUGUCGCCGACGGCCAGUCCGAAAAUGCGCAGUGAGGAGAGUCUCCCAUCGUCGCUCCAAGAACCAGAAUAUUUAGACUUGGAUCGGUCGUCUCCUGGUGGCGGGACCCUAGAUACCAAGUCUGACUCCAACGUUCCGAUAAUGUCGAGGCCGACUCGAGCGUCGAGUGAUCUAGGUGCUAUCACACCCUUAUCGCGAUCCCCGGAGAGCUCAGACCUGAGCCGGUCUCGCUUAGGCUCGUUCAGUGAUGAGCCUAAGUUUGACAGGACAAUGUCCGACAAUGUUCUGCUGGCCAAGUCCCAUCUUCCCAGCGCCGCGGAUCAAACAUAUGGAGCGCAACCAUCGUCCUCGACCGAGGAAUCUACUGCUGGCGGUCGUUCUCGGAGCCCACCACCGCUCUCGCCCCAGGAGGCGGUCUCGCGUGCGAUCUCCUUGUCCAAGAAAUUGUCCGGAUCGAAUAUUCCCACGCAUGUCACCGAAACGGGCGACCUAAUGCUCGACAUGACUGGCUACAAAAGUAAUGAAGAGGAUGCCCUGCGAGCCGAAGUGGUCGCGCGGAAAAUUCUCGCGGAAGAGCUGGAAGGCCCCUAUGAUAUUGGAGCUCUCAUCGGAGCGGAUGAGCACGGGAAUCUGUGGAUCUAUAGUAGUGAGGAUGCGAAAGAGGCCGCCAACCGUCGCGCCACGUUUAAUGCAUUGAGACCGAGCUCGGCAAUGAGCGAAAAUGCUGUGUCUGACCCGGGUUACCACAGUGACAGCGACCAGUCCGUCGGGAACGCAUCCAUGCAGCCCAGGCAUUAUCGCACCCAAUCCGAUGUUCAGCCGGGGUUCCCUACACCACCGCAAUCCCCAACACCGGGAGAGACAACGCGCAACUAUGCGAAGACAUUGCGCUUGACCAGUGACCAGCUCAAGGCCUUGAAUCUCAAGCCAGGUGCGAAUGAGAUGUCGUUUAGUGUCAACAGGGCUACGUGUACUGCGACGAUGUAUCUGUGGAAUGGCAACACACCGAUUGUGAUCUCCGAUAUUGAUGGAACUAUCACUAAGUCGGAUGCGCUUGGUCAUGUGCUGAACAUGAUUGGACGGGACUGGACGCACGCCGGUGUGGCCAAGUUGUAUACUGACAUCGUCAAUAAUGGGUACAACAUCAUGUACCUUACCAGUCGUUCUGUUGGCCAAGCCGACACGACACGAGCUUAUCUGUAUGGCGUAUGCCAAGAUGGCUUCCGACUACCCAAGGGACCUGUCAUCAUGAGCCCUGACCGGACGAUCGCAGCCCUGAGACGGGAGAUCUACUUGCGGAAGCCCGAAGUUUUCAAGAUGGCAUGCCUACGGGACAUCCUGAACCUAUUCAAUGGAAAGGAGAACCCGUUCUAUGCCGGAUUCGGGAACCGUCUUACGGACGCUCUCAGCUAUCGAUCAGUGAACAUCCCGUCCACUAGGAUCUUCACGAUCAACUCGAAUGCCGAAGUGUCCCUGGACCUCUUGAGCUUGAACAAAUACAAGAGCAGCUAUGUGACAAUGGGUGAACUUUUGGAUCAUUUUUUCCCCCCCACGAGCCUGCUUGUCCAGGCCGGUGGGGAGGAAUAUACUGACUUCACUUACUGGCGCGAGCCUCCCCCGGAUAUCGAAGAUUUCUCCAGCACGGACAGUGAAGAGGAGGACGAAGAUUACGAGGAGCAGGAAGAAGAAGAUGAAGACGAGGAGUACGAGGAGGGAGAAUUGAGUGAAGAGGAGGGCAGCGACGUUGACGAAGCUGCCGAGGAAGACCUUGGAGCCAGUUUCCUUUCACAGGGCUCGGUAGACCAGUCCAGCGCCGUUGAUGGCCAGAGCCUGUACGUGGAAGAGGACGAAGAGGCGUCGCCGGUUGACGAGGUUGACCAACUGGAGGCGAAGUUGAAGGCUGUUGACUUGGCUUCUGCAUCAACUGCGGCCGACCGCACAGCAUAA